AUGGGAGGCACCGAUCCAGGCCGGUCUGGCGGCGCGCAGUGUAAACAUCGCAGCAUUGCCGCUGCUGCAGAGACGAGAACGAGGAAGACCACCGCGCGCGACUCCUGAAAAUCUCGGAGAAGUUGGGCACCGGAUGAUUCGACCACGAUGAAGAUGCACGGAGGGAGCGUGGCGAUUCGGCUGGCGAUGAUGAUGCAAGGAUUUUGCCAGCUUGGCCGGGCGUUCAACGUGGACGUGAAAAAUGCGCAGAUUUUCUCCGGCUCUGCCGAGACGCAGUUCGGCUACACGGUGAAGCAGCACGUCGACUCCAGCGGGGAGAAAUGGCUGCUGGUGGGUGCACCUUGGGAAGGAACCCCUUACCGGAAGAUGGGCGAUGUCUACAAGUGUCCUAUUCCCGACACCUACCGCAGGGGCUGCGUGCCGCUGCACCUGAGCAAUUCCAUUUCCGUCUCCAACGCCACUGAACUGCAGGACAACAUGACACUGGGAAUGACGCUCGUGAAUGACCCAAUCAGCAAUGGAUUUCUGGCGUGUGGGCCAUUGUGGGCCCAGCACUGCGGAAGCUCCUAUUUCACGGCCGGUGUCUGUACCAAUGUGAGCGCCGACUUCCAAGUGACAAGCACGCUCACGCCCGCCGCACAGCGAUGUGGCCUCUUCAUGGACAUCGUCAUCGUCCUGGACGGUUCUAACAGCAUCUACCCAUGGCAGGAGGUCCAGAACUUUCUCAUCAACAUUGUCAAGAAGUUUCACAUCGGGCCAGGCCAGACACGGGUGGGCCUCGUGCAGUACGGGGAGACGGCCGUGCACGAGUUCACUCUCAGCGACUACGAGACCACGGAGCAGGUGGUGCAAGCCGCCAAGUACAUCGAGCAGCGCGGGGGCCGAGAGACACGCACUGCCUACGCAGUCAACCACGCCAGGUCGGAGGCCUUCAGCCCGCUGUUUGGGGCGCGCGAAGGCGCCAGCAAGGUGAUGAUCGUGGUGACGGACGGCGAGUCUCACGACAGCGAGGACCUGACGGAGGCCAUCGCCGCGUGCGAGCGCGACAACAUCACGCGCUACGCCAUCGCCGUGCUCGGCUAUUACAAGCGCAAGAACAUCGACCCCUCCAACUUCAUCUCGGAGCUGAAGGCCAUCUCGAGCGAGCCCGAGGAGAAGCACUUCAUCAAUGUGGCGGACGAGGCGGCCCUCAACGAUAUCGUGGGGACGUUAGGCGAACGGAUAUUCAGCCUGGAGGGGACGGUGACGCAGAACGAAACGUCCUUCGACAUGGAGAUGUCUCAAGUCGGGUUCUCAGCAGCUGUGGUGAAGGACGGGAUCCUGCUGGGCGCCGUGGGAGCGUACGACUGGGGCGGCUCCGUCGUGCGCAAGAGGGGCACCCACUUCACGGUGCCCGCUCGCUCCGCCUUCGGCAAGGAGGCCCCCGUGGAGCUCCAGAACCACGCCGCCUACCUCGGCUACUCGGUGGGAUCGGCCCGGCCGAGCCGCUACGCGGAGCACUACAUCGCCGGCGCGCCGCGCUUCAACCACACGGGCAAGGUGCUCAUCUUCAGCCUCGACGAGCAGGCACACGUGACGGUGCACCAGGCCAUCCACGGGGACCAGAUCGGUUCGUACUUUGGCAGCGAGGUGCUGUCGGUGGACGUGGACUGCGACGGGGUGAGCGACCUGCUGCUCGUGGGUGCGCCCAUGUACCUGGGGCCGGGCAACCGCGAGACAGGCCGCGUCUACGUGUACACCUUGACACAGCGCUCGUUCCGCCCGGCCGGCUUCCUCCACGCGGAGGAGCGGCAGCAGGACGCCCGCUUCGGCUCGGCCAUCGCGCUGCUGCCCGACAUCAACCAGGACGGGCUGGCGGACGUGGUGGUGGGGGCCCCGCUGGAGGACGGCCACCGUGGGGCCCUCUACAUCUACCACGGCCGCGGGCGCACCUUGAGGCCGCAGCCCGCACAGAGGGUUGCGGCAGUGGACGUGAGCUCCAGCCUGGUCUACUUUGGCCGCUCGGUGGACGCUCGCCUCGACGUGGAUGGGAACGGGAUCGUGGACCUGAGCGUGGGUGCCCUGGGCAACGCCGUCUUGUUACGGUCGCGCAGCAUCGUUCACAUGAACGCCACGGUGACCUUCAGCCCUCCCAAGGUGAUCCUGCUCAACAAGAGCUGCCUGCGCAACGGGAAGGACUCCAUCUGCGUGACGGCCACCGUGUGCUUCCACGCGACCGCCCGCUCGCCGCUCACCCCCGACUCCGACAUCUGGAUCGCGUACACGAGCAACGUGGACGCGAGCCGCGUCGCGCCGCGCGCCUUCUUCGACGAGACGGCCGAGCGGACGCUGCAGCGGGAGCUGAGCGUACGGGCGGGCGGACGCUCCUACUGCCAGGACAUCGGCCUGCACCUGCACGAGGUGACCGACUUUGUUCGACCAAUCAGCCUCCAGCUCGACUUCGCCCUCCAAGACCCCAACUCGGACCCUGUGCUGGACGCGUACUGGCCAAUGCACACCGAGGCCCUGCUUCCCUUCGCCAACGACUGCGGCGACGAUGAGGAGUGCGUGUCCGACCUCGUGCUGCACCUGCGCUCCGACGUCCAGGGGUCUAGCAUGGCUCCGUACGUCAUCCGCAGUGGGAGGAGGCGCACGUCCGUGUGGGCGACGCUGGAAAACCGUGGCGAGAAUGCCUACAACGCACGGGUCAACGUCUCCUUCUCACGGAACCUGCGUCUCGCCAGCAUCACACCCGCCGUGGACCAAGGUCUGAAGAUGGAGUGCCAAUUCUCGCACGAGGAGGCCGAUGGAGGCACCACGUGCUCCCUGAGCCCGGCCGUAUUCCGCCCAGGAGCAAAGCUGGUCACGCUUCUGGAGUUCGAGUUCAGCCGCUCCGUCUUCUUGCCGAGCCUGGACAUCGGCCUGCGAGCCGAGAGUGACAGCAAGGAGAUGCUGGAGACGCUGCAUGACAACGCCGCCUCGUUGUCCAUCCCCGUGAGAUACGAGGCCGAGAUCCUCUUCACCAGGGACUCGAACCUUCACCAGUUUGAGGUGAGCCGAGAGGCGAUGGUGCCGGACGUUAUCGAGAGACCAGAGGAAAUUGGGCCACAGUUCAACUACACGCUGACGGUGCAAAACCUCGGGUUGUUCCCGCUCGCUCGGCUGGAGGUGCUCAUCUCCGUGCCGGCAAUCACGCCGGGUGGAAACCCCCUGCUCACGCUGUCUCACGUCGAGACGGAUGUCGGCGUGACGUGCCGCACGAGUCCCGAGACCGACUGGCAGCAGCUGAUCAAGAGGGAGGCGACGCUGUCAGUCUACGAGGAGGACCUGAGGGCGAUGGACGAGCUGAACUGCGCGACGGGUCGCUGCCACAGGGUGGCGUGCGUGGUGGAGACGCUGGAGGUCGGCCAGGAGGAGCUGAUCCACGUCAAGGGUUGGCUGUGGACACCGUCACUCACCGUGAUGAAAUUCAAGAGCUUGAAACUCAACACAACUGCGGAGCUGCAAUUAAACCGGUCUCAGCUCAUCCUCAUGAAGGAGGACAGCCGGUGGAGAUAUAUCGUGAUGGAGAUCACCAAGGAGCGUGGCUCCUCCGUGCCGCUGUGGAUCAUCAUCGGCAGCGUCCUGGGUGGCCUGCUGCUCCUCGCACUGCUCAUAUACAUGCUGUGGAAGAUGGGCUUCUUCCGCCGUCACUACCUGCAGCUCAUACGCGACAAUGACAAGGAUGGCCGCGAGAACCUCGUGCAGGGUUGAUUGAUGACCCCAGCCGAACAGUCCGCUCGUCGCUCCAUUUUCUUCGUCCUCUUCCGAAUCACCUUGGGGUGGGGAGCAACGGGUGGAGAAAAUGUGGUUGGGGAAAUGAGGGCGACGAGAGGUGGGUGGGGGUUGGGUGUGUAGUCGAGGAUGUCGUCAAUUCAUCAGGGCAGGCGGCGCAGGACGCCGUUGCACGACACACGCCCGUGUGUGGCUCCGCAGUAAAAACCGAGCUCUUUGAUUGGUCAAUUAUAACCAGUGGCACGCCAGCUUCCACAAGACAAAAAGGGGCCACUUUUAAAGUUUGGCAUACCCCCCCCCCCCCCGCCAUGCUAUGCACACAUCCAAGUGAAGUAAAAUCCCACUGCUAAAAACCAUGCAUGCAUGACUUACACCGCCGACUGCAUGCUACGAGUUGUGUGCUUGGGAAUACUAAAGCACAAACCAGCUUGGACCCAUGCCUGAUGCUUGAUUGACAGAACGACCAAAACUAGUCACCUGGUUACAGUGGUUAAAUUGUAUAUGCCGCACAAACACACAACACCAUAGGGGUGGGAGAGAGAAAAGAUUAUAGCAGCUGGGCUGCCUGACUUUCACCUGAAGCUAUCCCACCACGGCAAAGGGUCCAUCUCUGUAUAGUGUUGUAUAUUACAAAGAGAGAAGUGAGCUUUUCUAAGACUAGAUGAUUUUAAAAUAUAGACUAUAUAAAUUUUUGUUUCCUCUACUUUCACAUAUUUUUUUUUCCAAAGCGCAUGCCAGCUCUGAGCAUCAGGAUGAAGGCAUUCAGUUUACGAGACUCCAGAAAUGAGAUCCAAUGUGCAGUGCGGUCACGAAACUUUCCUGGUGGUCUCCCGCGAGCUGGGCAGGAGGUGCAAACGGUACACGGUCGCCGCCGUCCACUCGGACACAACACCCCACGUGUUCAUCUUCUUGGUUCUUUCGGUAAAAUCACGUAAAAGGGAAAUAAUAUAAUAAUAAAACAUAAUAAAAUAAUUCUCACGACGUUUCGGCCACAACGCAAGCAGCCGUCCUGCGUUGUGGCCGAAACGUAGUGAGAAUUAUUUUGUUUUAUUUUUAUAAUUUCCCUUUUACGUGACUUUACCGAAAGAACCAAGAAGAUGAAUCCCUGCAGUCACGAAAGCUUUAAAUCGAAAUUUAACCCCACGUGUUCUUCAACUGCUUUGUUUUACCGACAUUUAAUCAAAAAUUAGCUUGAGCUCAUACAUGUUUAAAAUGUUUGCACCAGCUGCCAUAUAUUCAAAUUACUCAAAUCAGGUUAAGUCUACUGACCUAGCCCAAAGGAUGUUUGUGGAAAAUAGUUAUGACUUAUUAGGAACCAAGCACAAAUAGGUUGAUUGCCGCCAAAGCAGUCCUGGCCACUUGGGCGUUAUUGCAAUUUUUCGUAGGCCUCUUCACAUCAAAACUGUUUAUAAACUAAACUAUGUAACAACGCCGAGUGCAAUAUCGUUGUAAUGCAAAGUGCUGAGAUAACCAAACUACGAGAAUGUGGCAUACCUGUUAAAUCAAUUCCAUUAUAGCACGAGUUGACAAUCCAGGCGCGCACACACACGCUACAGUGAGCAAAGUAUUACAAUCAAUGGUUUCGGCAGGCAAUUACAAAACAUUAAUGGUUGGUGUUAAUAUCAAGCACAAAAGUGAAAGCUUACUCCAGGAUAGGAAUUUCCAACCGUGAAGAUCCAGGCAACAGUAAUAGCAUCGUUGAUGCAAUACCAGCUGCACAGGGGCACCGAGGCAAUUGGAUGUGGUUUGCCUGCAAUCGUCCGGACACAACACUCCUAACAAUUUUGGACCACCGUCCAAUGCAUGAUGCAAUAAGGAAUUAAACAUCAACAGAUGUCGUAUUAUGAAUUAAACUUGCAACGUCAAACACGAUCCAGAGUGCUUAAAUAAAUGGGCCAUCAGAUACCACCGGCAGACAUUCUUUCAGCCACACGUUGCAACUGCGACUUAAGGCAAGCCCGUAAAGGCUUAUUGGAUCACACAAAGUAAAACAUUUCAAGCAGGCUUUAUGGAAUAGGCGCAGAGCCAUUACACGUUUAGGAUAUUCAAUCAUUGCAGUACAGCUGCACGCACAUUUUGAGAAGGCACGACUCUGCGAGUCAACUGUAGCGGCGUCUAAAAGCGACCAACUGGAUAUUGGGGAAAAGGAGGGCGGAGGCGAUAUUAAUUUAACCCACCGUGACAAGUGAACUGAUGAGGCACGAGCAACUUCAGAGGCCAGAGGGCCGGCCACACGAAACGAAGUCUUCACGACCGCACGACGAAGCUGCCGCAAUCAGAACUUUUGCCCAGAAUAGAGGCUUCUGCCAAAGUGCUUGUCUGAUGAAUUGCAGUCUAUGAAGCCAUCUGGAUAAUAAUCAGUAUUUUCAACAUCGUACAAUAAUCCUUCUUUACCGAGUCUGGGAACAGACAAUGCCAGCUUUGAGGUUAAACAAAAAAAAUAUCCGCAAUGCUCUUCGUCUAUAAAUCACGUUGUGUGGUUUAGGCAUUCACUUUAUAGCGGAUAUAUUUAUUCGAUAUUGUCCGUGCUCAAUUCGAGUCACGUAACUUUCUGAAAUAUAGAAACAAAAAUGGAAUACUUCAUGUAAAAUAUUAAAUAAAAUAUCUAAUCCGUUUGUGCAACAAAAAUUCCAAUUUAGCUAUUACAAUCACCAUUUCGUCAUUAAACAGUUAAAACAUAACUCUACACGAUAGCUUUAAUAUAAAUGCAAUGUUUGGUACUUUUAAACAGAAUGCACCCUAUUACCAAUGUUUAAAUUUCAAGUGUAAAGCAGAUUCGCUUGUGCUUAUGAAAAAUUAUAAAGUGUAAUAAAAGUAAAGGAUAAAUGUAUUUAUUUUGUAUGUGAUAUUCUAGUUUUUAUUUUUUACGCUUUUUGUAUAACAGUUUACAACAAAUUAAUGGUGUUACAGACUUUACAGCGGGUUACCAAUAUUACAAAACAAUCUUCCAGAAAUGUGCACGUCCGCUAAAAAUUACUAUUAAAUGUUGUGUGCAAUGUAUGUACAUAUUCGACUGUAAAUAUAGUUUUUUUUUAAUGCUUAACUUUGUAUUAAAGCCUUUGACUUGUAUUGUCUCAA